AUGCCUCUAGUGAACGUGCACGCGUUAGAUUCAUACGAGGGAGGAUGGAAUACAUAUAGAUCGUCUCGUCUGCUUUCUUUGAAUCCAAGAACUAUAACAAAACCAACUAUUGAAACAACAUUAAAAGUGGAAGAAAAAAGGAACAGGGAUGAUGAAGAACUUAACGAAGCAUCUUUGGAAUCUAAGUCGCAGCCUGAACAUCAAGACAUUACGCCAAAACCUCUUGGUAUUCAACUCCCACACCAAAGACAUGUCUUAAUGGCAAAACCACUUCCUCCGCCGAGUCGGAUAAGGGUUCUGCCACAAACAAGGUCUCCAGAAUAUACGCAUGAUACAAAAUGGGACGCUGCAUAUACAUUAGAUACGAAAAUACCUAUAGGAAAACUAGCAAAUAAUGAGACUCGUGAAAAAUCAGCCCACGCCCCGAUAGCUGAAAAUCCAGAUCAAGCAACUACUAUUUUAUUACCUUCCAGAACUUUACUCCGACCACUUGACCGAUCAAGAUCUGUGAACAUAAAUAAAUCUGAAUCAGAUUCAGUUGCUUCACCUGAACCGGUGCCUGAUGUACUUCUUAAAUCAAUAUCUACUGUUAUUGCUGCUGAAAAUGUUUAUGAAAACAUAGAAAAGAAAGAGGAACAAAUUAAUAAAAAAGAAAAUGAAAUGGUCUCACAAUAUGAACCUUCAUAUAAAACAGAUUCUUUAAUCAAAAUUGAUGAAUCAGUUUCUUUAGCAACUGAAGAGCCUAAGGUAUCUGUAUCUAUACCCACACCUUUACCUUCAAGACAACUUUGGUUAUCAAAACCGUUUCAAAUACCUGUAGUAAUCACAGAUGAAAAGGUUACAUCCACGAGUCCACCACAAUUAAAUCCGAGUACCUCAUCUUCAUUUCUAAAAACAGGACUCCGUACGGAAGCUGCUAUGGAUCCAAAUAAAGAGCUCCAAAUAGACUACCAACGAGAUGACGAAAAACAAGAGUCAGAAGACAAAAACUUAAAUGAAUCUGAAGUUGUUGUAACCAUUCCCCUUGUACUCGACAUUAAAAAUGAAAAGGCUUCAGGAAAGUCAAAUACAAAUUUUAAUGAAGUAUACCAAUCAGAAUUGAUAGGAAGAGAAUCAAAACUAAUUACAAAAACUGUCCAAGAACAAAAUACAAAAGUAAACGAAGAACAAACGACACAAACAAUAAACGAAGAAGAAGAAAAUGCUAUGAUUACUGAAAAACGACGCGAACGCUUAUCUUCUCUUGCGCCAAAUACGUUGAGCCCCCAAACCACGGAAAUACCUAAAUUUCCUAAAGGAUUUACAGCUAUACGUCCUGAAGUUAUAAAAAAUCCGCCACACAAAUUGCGUUCAUUCAUACUAAAAAGCCCGUUACUACAAGAUCUUGAAUCAAACCCUAACGACGCCGAUUCCCCGCAGUUAUUUGAUUACGAAUGCAAAAAUUCUAAUGGAUAUUAUAGUAUGAAUAACGAUUGUGAUAGUUACAUUGAAUGUAAAAAAUACAUGCCAUUUAUGUUUACGUGCCCUGAUGGUCUUCACUUUAACCGCAAGGCAAUAUGGCCAGAGUAUCCUUGCUCUUAUCCAUGGGAAGUAGAAUGUCAAGCUAAUUAUAGAAUAAAUGAUCCUCAACCAACUGGUGAUUGCCCUCACCGAUUCGGCGUGUUCCCUCUAAAGGAUGACGAAUGCAGCAAAUAUAUUAUGUGCCACGAAGGCAAAGCUAACCUCAUGAGUUGCCCUCUUGGACUAGUAUUUAAUACCGAGGAAAGCGCAUGUGAUUGGCCUGUUAAUGUCCCAUCAUGUAGACCAAAAGUGUUUCAAGGAUUCACAUGCCCAGCUGUGACAGAGGGAGAUGAGUACAACUUCAUUUUUAAAUACAGGUACGGCGAGAGCUGCAGAGACUAUAUUGCGUGCCAGCAGGGUAAACCGCGACUCCUGAGUUGCGACCGCGGCCUAGCUUUCGAUGCAGAAUCACAAGUCUGCGUAGAUGGCGACUUCGUGGAAAACUGCGGAACUUAUUAA